GGCACCUCGGACCGACCUCCGACCCGUGCACCCAGCCCUAAACCCUAAACGGACAUUCCUGGCCGGGACCCCGGUUUCGACGACAUCAUCAGCUUUCAUGGCAAGCAUACAUACCUCUUGCGUUGGCAACCUUUGAUUGUUGGGCUCCUCUUUCCUGCCUAUCUCCAUCUUGCCCGCUUUUUUAUCUUGUUAUCUCCUAAAAAAAAAAAAAAAAUUCCAACUUACCUACCUGUCAAGGCUGGCGCUCUGAUGCUGGCAUCGUGACCUGCCUUCUCUUCCCUCUCUACUCUUCUCCCCCGCUAUUUCCGCCCGGUUUCUUCUCCCUCCCCGCCUCAGAUGGGCAAUAAUCCUUCCAAAACCCCCGGAGACGCCCCGCCAGAUUCGGGCUACCCGACCCAUGCGGCCUCUACGAACGAGCGAAAAGUGAAUCGACGACCAUCCGUCAAUGCGCUGUCGGGCACGGCUAAGGCUACUGCGGCCGAUCCGUCUGCCUCUAGGGAGACCGCAACGGGGCAUUCGGCGUCACAAAGCAUAGCACCCGUUCAGCAACGCCUACAAUCUCGCAGCGCUGCAGAUUCGCCGACGCGGAGCUUAGACCGCCCCGACCGGCUCGAUGCUAAGAAGACAGAACCCCGUUCCAGAGACAUUCCUCCAUCCUCUCCCGACCCAUCCAAUCCCGUCCAGGUCCCAGCUGCUCGGACUGCUGCCAGGCGCGAGCCCUAUCCGUCUGUGGCACCAUCUGGACCUCCUCAUGGCUCUUACUACAAUGCAUCUACCCAUCUACAACGUCCACCUCGGAUGCCACUGCCAAUUGGCGACGCAACAGUGACCCCAGGUUCUCCGGUCAUCGGACCCGAGGAUUCGCAUAUAGGGCCCCUCCCGCAUGAUAGGACUUUGGACGACCAGGUAGAUCAGGUGGCUUCCACGUUCGACAGUACUGCGAUUGAUGAGGAGGAACUUCUGGACGAACUUCAACCGUAUACUGUCAGCGGUGUAGGCAGAGCGAUUCCGACCAACAUUGAGUGGACUGCUGCGGGAGAAAAGGUUUAUGUGACUGGAACAUUCGUGAACUGGGAGAAGAAGUUUCGCCUGCACAGGAAUGAAAAUGGCGUUAUGUCUACUACGUUGAAUCUUCGUGCUGGAACACACCAUAUGAAAUUUAUUGUCGAUGGAGAGAUGCGUGCUUCGGACAACCUGCCUACUGCGGUGGAUUUUACGAACCACCUGGUUAACUACGUGGAAAUCAGCUCGGAGGAUGUUAAUCGUGCGCACAGAGAGGGGGACAACAAAAGCGCUACUUCUGAUGGAGCCCACCCUCCGCAAGUUAUUCCUGAGCCAGUUAGUGGUAACGAUCAGACCGGGGCCUCCAACGACGAAAAUCAGCCAGAAAAGGAAGAGCCAGAAGAGAUUCCCCUUGGUGAUUUCCGCAAUAUAAUCCCCCAGUUCCUUGCCGAUCUAGACAAGGAAGAAGAAAGCCCGGCUUACCAGCAAGCUGCUAAUGUCAUUGGCGACACACCUACGCCACCAAGUCUUCCUCUGUUUUUGGGCAAAUCCAUAUUGAACGGCACUACACCAAUGAAAGAUGACAGCAGCGUUCUUAAUUACCCCAACCACACGGUUCUAAAUCAUUUAGCAACGAGCAGCAUAAAGAACGGUGUUCUUGCUACGAGUGUAACGACUAGGUACAAGCGGAAGUACGUUACAACAAUAUUGUAUAAGCCGACAGGCGAUAUCACGGAAUAAUUAUAUGCAUUAAAAAGAGAAGACAAAUAUUACACAGCACUUACUACCCCUCACAUGUUAAAUGGCUGCCAUGCUUGCUAGCUCGCUGCAUGGCCUAGUACGGGAAAAGAAGAGCCAUUGGGUAGCACGCCGCAAUCCACGUCAACAUUGCUUCCGUGCCUCCCGAUGUUUUCCGAAUCCAAUUUACUUCUAAGACCUCCAUGGCCAUUGCGAACGGAUCAUCUGGGGACGACUUGAUUAUCAUGGAAUCCAUGUUUGGCAAAUGAAUACACAUAUGCCAGGGUGUUGCCAGACUUGAGCACAUACUAUUUACGCUUAUGAUGACGACUCGAGAAUCCGAAAAUUAUUUUGGAAUCAAAAUACUAUCAUGGAGCAGGCUCUUUUCUCCCCUCGUCUUCUCUUCUUUCAUUCCUUUUCAUUUGGCCAUUUGGGUUUUCU